AUGGCUGGAUCCCUCAGAGCAGACAGCUAUAUGUUGCCUUUUGACAGUCCUGAAGGCUAUUGCCUGCUUGAAAUGACUGCAAAUGAAAAUUCUACUGUACAUCGGGGAGUCUCUCUGCCACGUCAGUUGACUCAGGUUACCUUUGGACCAAUAUUCAUUGGAAAUGUCCCUGGUCACAUUAAGAUUCAUCCAAGUUCUGGGCCGAUUUAUGGCUUCAGGGGCUGCAUUAGGGAGUUCCAAGUCAACAACAAGGAACUUUUCAUAAUAGAUGAAGCCUUGGGAGGAAGGAACAUCGAAAAUUGCAACAUCCCCGUCUGUGACUAUCAUCCGUGCCGCAAUGGUGGCAUUUGUACUAGUGAUUCAGAGAACUGGUUCUGUGAAUGCUCUGUCCUCUACUCUGGGAAAUUAUGUCAGCUUUCAAACUGUGAGGAGAACCCAUGUGAGAACGGAGCGACGUGUGUUCCAAAAUCCAAGCAAGACAUUGUGUGUCUCUGCCCCUAUGGAAGGACUGGAAUUCUUUGCAAUGAUGCUGUUAAUAUUACCUAUCCUAACUUCAGUGGGACAGAUGGUUUUGGCUACACCUCAUUCCUAGCCUAUUCAGCAAUUCCAAAUAUCAGCCUCUACUACGAAUUCCACGUGAAAUUUCAGCUGGCAAACCAGAACUCAUCUCUACAAGAUAACCUGAUAUUUUUCACUGGACAGAAGGGCCAAGGUCUUAACAGAGAUGAUUUCUUAGUGCUAGGCCUGUGCCAUGGCCGUGUGGUGUACAGCUACAAUCUAGGAUCUGGAACAGCCACUAUUUUUAGUGAGCCACUAGAUCUGGCUCAGCGUAUUCACAUGGUCAGUCUUGGCAAAUCUCUUCAGGACGGUUGGAUGAAGGUGGAUGACCAGAAAAAUAAAACCAUUAAAUCUCCAGGAAAGUUGGUUGGGCUCAAUGUCUUCAGUCAGUUUUAUGUCGGAGGUUACGCUGAAUAUAUCCCAGAACUAUUACCCAAAGGAUCCCAUUUUAAGAAUGGCUUCCAAGGUUGCAUAUUUGACAUACAAGUUCGCACUGGGAGGGACCAGCAGUUUAAAGCACCUGGGAUUCCAGAAGGCCAUCCAAAUGCUGGUCGCAGCAUAGGACAGUGUGAAGAGUCUCCGUGCCAAUUAAUAAAAUGCAGAAAUGGAGGAACAUGUAUGGAAAGUGGCUCUACAGUUUACUGUCAUUGUCCCACUGGCUGGAAAGGAGCAUUCUGCACAGAGACAAUUUCCAUGUGUGAUCCUGAGCACAACCCACCACAUAGAUGCAGACAAGGUUCCACCUGUUCCCCAUUGCCUGGUGGAUACACCUGCCACUGCCCACUAGGAACCACUGGUGUCUACUGUGAACAAGCCCUAACCAUAAGUGAUGCAUCUUUCACUAGCAAAAAAUCUUCUUGGAUGUCAUUCAGUUCCUUCAACAUUCGACACAAGGUUCAUAUCCAGCUACAAUUCCGAACUCUUUCAGGAAAUGGCAUCCUCUUUUACACUGCCCAGCACUUGAGUCCACGAUCAGGUGAUUUCCUAAGUAUCUCCUUAGUAAAUGGGUAUAUACAACUGCGCUACAACCUUGGUGACAGAACAGUAAUUUUGCAGACUUUCCAAAAUGUACACAGCAUAAACAGUUCAUGGUAUUUAAUUAAAGCAGGAAGAGUUGGCAAUGAAGGCUAUCUGGAGCUCAAUGGCAUCAAUAUAACCCAGAAAGCUAGCAGUGGAAUGACCGCCUUAGACACGCACACAGAUUUCUAUGUAGGAGGGGUCACCUCUUUAAAUCUGGUUAAUCCCAUGGCAGUCAAGAAUGAGCCCAUUGGCUUUACUGGUUGCAUUCGAGAGGUUAUUGUCAAUAGCAAAGAGCUGAAACUGACCGAGAACGGCGCUAAAGGUGGCUCCAAUGUAGGCGACUGUGAUGGAACUCCGUGUGGAUAUACAGUGUGCAAAAAUAAUGGAAAAUGCAAAGUUGAACCAUCAGGUUUUUCUUGCUUCUGCUCCAAGCACUGGAUGGGGAAGAUAUGUGAACAAUCUACUUACUGUUCACAUAAUAAAUGUCUUCAUGGAGGUGCCUGUAUACCUAAUCCAGUUUUAUUUUCAUAUAUGUGUGCAUGUAGACUUGGCUGGUCAGGCCUCCAGUGUGAAAACCACAUCUCAUUUUUUACUGCAAAAUUUAUUGGUAAUUCAUACAUCAAAUACGUAGAUCCCAAUUAUAAAAGAAGGGACCUCAGAUUCACUAGAAUAUCUUUCAAUUUUACCACAAACCAGAUGGAUGGUUUACUUGUAUGGCUAGGGAAGGCUGAAAAUGAAGACAAUGAUUUUCUUGCAGUUGGACUUGCUAACGGAAUGCUGAAAGUUGUGGUUAACCUUGGAGAAAGAGUUGCCAUCCCUCUUAUUCUACACAGGAAGUCUCUCUGUUGCAAAAAAUGGUCUUUUGUCACCAUUGCACAAAACCAGACCUUAGUCAAAGUGUACCUUGAUGAGGAAUUAGUUCUCUUUGAAGAGCUAGAUCCACAAAGAAAAUACACUGCUUUAAAUUAUGGAGGGAUUUGCUAUUUUGGAGGAUUUGGACUUGAUAGGAGAGUAAACACUGUCACCUCAGGACUUUUUAAUCAUGAACUAAUUGGCAAUAUUAAAGAUGUUGCCCUGUUUCAAGAUUCUAAAAAGAUUAUGCUAGUUAAGGCAGAAGGCUAUAAUGUUUAUAGUGGAGAUAAGGAUUAACUGUUGAAUAACUGGAUGUUAAGUACAAGAGAUGAAGCUUUACUUACUGUGCAAGAUCCAUAAUAUGCACCCUUCUUUCAGCGUUCUUGUCUUUUGGACUUCCUUACUGCCCUUAUCCCCUUGAAUCUCUUCUUUGGACAUCCCCGUGUAAGGUUUUCAUCCUAGCCAAGCUAAUAAUUUUCCCUUCCCACAGAGAA